GUGCUAUUAAUCCAGCGGUUGCAGCGCUGUCAUAUCCAAGCAGAACCUCUUGUUUUGGAUUGGAAAGCACGUAUUUUUGCAACAAAAUAUAACGAUUCGGUGUCAAAAACGGUUUGUCAUGAGACUUAACUUUAUUUUCGUGAUCAUCCUUGGUGGACUGCAUCACGGGGACAGUUAUGUUAUAGUAAAUUCUAUGUCAUGGGCGGUCACGGCUGAGGUAGAGGAGGAACUGGACACUUCUUCCAACGAGGAGACAAUCCCGGCUCUUUUGGAGGAUACUGGUAGCUUUUGGAAGCAGUCGUACCCGGCCUCUGUUAUAAACAACGAUGUCGAGAGAAGCGCUGCGCCGAGCACUGUGGAUGCCAAACAGAUCUUAACACCGUCCAGGAUGUUCUCAUACAAGAGAGAAGCCGUGAGCGCGGCAGACAGUCCUCCGCCGCAUCCCCACGACGAGAUAGCGAGGACUGCCCGGUACCUGGCGCAUUACAGCAGCUGGGGGUUUCUAGCAACCAUCUCUACACACGAGAAGAUUAAAGGUGUGCCAUUUGGGAAUAUUUUCGCAGUCAGUGAUGGUCUACUUGACAACAGCACAGGGAUUCCUUUAUUUUACAUCACUCCGAUGGACAGCAGUGUGGCAGACCUGGUGAACAACUCCUCGGCUUCUCUGACAUUUUCUGAAGCAGAAGGGGACUACUGCAGAGAGAACAUGGUUGAUCCUGAGGACCCCAGGUGUGCCAGGUUAACCCUGACUGGCCAGAUGGUGGCAGUAGAGCGUGGUGAACUGGAGUUUUCUAAAGAAGCAAUGUUCUCCAGGCAUCCUGUUAUGAGGAAGUGGCCAAUCACUCACAAUUGGUUCUUUAUGAAGCUGAAUAUUAAACAGGUGUGGCUUCAGAACUGGUUUGGAGGGGUCUACAUGAUCCCAUUGGAGGAUUACUUCAAAGCCAGCCCGACUAAAUUCUAAUUUAGAUAUUUUAAUCUUCGGUUUUAGCACUGGUUGUAUGAAACUUGACUUUUUUUGUCUCCUACACACAGAAACACAUAAAUGCUUGUCAUUUUAUUCAUUUGGAAUGGCUGCAUAUAUUCUGAAGAAAUCAAAUGGCUACUUGUUUUUAUUUUUUAAACACAAAUCUUGCUCUGUUUGGUGAUGUACAGGACUGUAUUUGAGUGAAAUAAAUAUGCUUUAAUUGAAGUUAUCUGUGUAGAUACUUAGUAAAUCCUACUUUGUUUAAAACCCAGAAAAAUAUUUGAAGUUUGAAGUUUUUAAGAGCCUGUGACCGUAAUAGUUUACUGAUUCUCUCAAUAGGUAUACAUGCUUGAAUGCUUGAAUGGGUUUUAUGCCUUGACACAAGAACUUAUAUGCAUUCCACUAAGUCACAUACCGUAUUCCUUCGAAUUUAAGACACCCUCGGAUUUAAGACGCAGCCCAAAGUUACCACCCUCAAUUUGAGGAAAAAAUAAAACAUCAAAUAAAUAUGCAUUUACAAAGAUACAACCUCAAUUACGCUGUUGUAUCGUACAAAACUGACCCGAAACAGUGUUGUUGUAGAUUAAUCAUAGAGCUUGUUUAUUGUGCUGCGCACUGUAUAAUACUUCAGAUGGCAUCUCCGUCGUACACACACCACCACUCACUUACAGCAUCACACAUCACACAGCAAGCACGACUCAGCACUCCAUGCAUCAGCCAACAUGUAACCCAGCAACCACAACGGCAUUGAAUACUGCUUGGCAUGUCGAAAAAUACGGGGUCUGAUCAGCAUUUCCGAUCUGUCCAAGCUGGUACUGUUUGUUAGAAAUGCUGAAAUUGUAAAGGUUUCUCUUGGAAUUCCUCAGGAAGCUUGGUUUGUUUUUUCUCAGCAGUGUCACGUUGCUACGGUAUACUUUGGUACUCAAAAGGGAUACCUUAUAUUAUCUACAUUUUCCUAAUAUGAAUUUCUUAUAUCCUAAUAUGUGAUUCUGUAAGAUUCACUAUGGAUGUUUCUGCUCAGCUAAUAUGCUUAUGUACCUUUCUUCCAUAUCAUACAGAACCCACAUAAGAGAAAAUUAAACGAGUAAGAAAUGAAAUACAGUCAUCACUCACAUAUCCGACCCUAUAAAACUUUGACUUCAUGGUUAAACGAGUGUAAUGCAAGUCUGAUUAUUUCAUUUUGGCCCGUUCCAAUGCUUGUCCAAUUUUUCAGGCUUCCAUUUAGAUGUACUGUAGUUGGUUUUGUUGGUACAGUACUAUAUUUUUAACAGAAGUAUUUUAGUAUUUUAAUUCAGAAUGAUAUGAUUCUGAAAAUAUCACUUGCCAAAAGAGACAACUGUGCACUGUAAUACAGUACAUUCUUUUAAAUCCGGUACAUAUUCUAGCAGUAUGUAAAAUUUCCCAUUAAUGACACAACAGCAAAAUGAAAUCAAAAUGUUACCCACGCAUAGAACUGCGUAAAACAUAAAAGGCAAUGCAAUUUAGCAAAAGAUUAAAAAAAAACAAAAAAAAAAAAACAUCUGUUUCCAGAAUUAAAACAGUAUAAUGCUUGAUAAGGCCCUAAUGUCACAGUUCACUUGCAAAUGAAAAUGCACAAAAACAACUAAAGAUCACAGAUUUUUUUUUUUAAAUACAUCACAGUUUCUAAAACUGUUUAAUGAUUAACUUUUACAUUACCGUAGCUUGUCUUGUUCACUUUGUUUUUGCUGCAUUUUCAUCAUGUGAAAUUGGAGGAAGCGCUGUGUAACUGCACAAUAAAGACAGACUGAUUUGGCAUGUGAGAGAAAAAAAAGGGCUGUGAUGGAUAAACAAGUACAUCGUAACAUUGAAGAGGUGGGCUUUGGGCUGUGACGGGUAAGUGCAUUAAUGUGUUACAUAUAUACAAUGGAGAUUGAUUUUAUUCUUAAUACAAUGCCGGUAAAAUGCGACUGACCUGUAUCUGGGUAACGGAUAUCCGAGUGCUGACUGUAUUAUGCUAAUAAUCGAAAGUAUAAAUUUAGGAUGAGAUUUGCUUGCACUGAUGUCUUCAGUUGAGGAAAGCUUUUAUAACUUGGCUGAUGAAGGGGCCACAGCAAUAGAUAAGUGAGUACUGACUGAGUAUUCAUUGAAAUUUCAGGUUUUGCAGUAAUAACACCAUAAUUAAAAAGUGUUAACCAUGGUGAGUGCAACCCCCUUUGAUUGGCAUAGUGUCUCUUUGAUGUUUUUUUUUUUAAACUUGCAUUUUGGAUUUGCAUAUUUUUCAAAUACUGUACAACACAAAUCCCAAAUCAAAGUAAAAACACAAUCAAAUUGCCUAAAUAUCUGCUAGCACAAGAAAAGGGUGCCAGUGAAGUGCAUUUGAAAGCCACUGCUUUUAAGUGUUAAAUGUGCUUAUACUUUUUAUGCCAUUUGAACAAACUGUAAAAACAAAAACAAAACACUGUGUGGGUCGAUGUUUAUAUGAAAUAUAUGAAUGCCACUGUUGUGAUGAAUUUUAAUACAGUUGUAUUGAACGAAUUGUGUUUUGAGGGGGGAAAAGUCAGUGAAUGCUGUCCAAUCUGAAUAGCACUUUUCAUUAAUACUAUAGCUUUUGUGCUUUGGAAACAUUAAAUCCAGUGAUUUUAUGUUUGUCUUAAGGAGGCAUUUUAAAAGCAGAGCUUUGAAUUGUUGCUAACAUGCUGACUAGCGCUGAUAUAACUGCCCAGUAGUUCAAUUGGAAUGGCAGCUGCCUUUGAUGCAGAGGAAAAUAUUACAAUUUGACUUUGAUAGGUUAGCUUUGUUAUUAUAUGUUAUAUUGUUCAUUAUGUCUUUUUAAAUGAAAUAAAACAAAAUUCCAAUAUAACAUGCUGUAUAAUGAUAAAAAAAUAAAUAAAUAAAAAAACAAUGUGCUAUCAUAGAACAUUACAAUAAAGACUGUAUGGCACUCUAAUGAUGCUCUCUAAAGAUUUCCAAUUGAUUUUGCAUAGUUUUUAAGCAGUACCCUAGCAGCAACAUAAAGAAAACAUGCCCUGUUUUAUUUCCUUCUGUUUGUAUCUUAGUAUUUUCUUAUCUUAUUUAUUUAUUUAUUUAUUUAUUUUUACCAGUGGCUUCCUUUGCCAAGUGAGAGGCUUUUAGACCAAUGUGCCUGAUAAACUGUUACCCUGCUGUAUCUUAAAUCUGUACAAAAACAAUUCACAUGUGUAAAAACAGCCAAGUUAGAAUAGAGGAAUAGGCACAUGAAGAUGUGAUAUCUACAAAAGGGGUCACGUUUUAUACAAAAAGGGGCCAGCCCUGUAAAGAUGUUGAUACCAAGACACAAUUUGGGCAAACUUCACCCCCCAUUUUUAUUGCAGUAGGAACUAGUAGCAACAUGAAUAAAAAAGUGUCAGAAACUACUAACUACUUUUUCAAUUUGUUUAUCAUUACUAAUGGUAACAUAAUCUCACAAAACAUCUCCACAGUCUGUGGUGUUCGCUUUCUCUGAGGUUGCCCUCAAUUGUGCUGUAGGCAUGUUAGUCUGGGCAUAUGCAAAUGUGUCUAGUGCAAUGUGCAAAGACCAGAUGGUAACUGACUAUGAAGUCAGGCCUGUCUGCUGUGCAAAUUGAUCUUUUUGCUAGCAGUCAGCGAACUGGUUCUCUUGAACCUGAUCCUCUGUCGUAGAUUACAUGGAGUUGUUGGAGCAAUUAACGUUAGCCUGAUAUAUCAGUUUUAACCUCAUAAUGCAAACAGGGAGUCAAGUUCAGGAAUUUGAAAGGAGAUACAUGAGAUAUAUUUAAGCUUACAGCCUAGCCAAGGUACUAGUGCUGGGAGCCUAAAUAUCUUGAAUAGGAAUCCCUUUCUGGUCACCAGCCUAACAUGCCUGGCCUGUACUGAACAUGCAUGCACAUGUCUAUUCCUCAGCUUGAUCUUUUAUCACAAAUAACACGUGAAACAUUAGCUUGAUUCACUAGCCUCAUGCCUUUCACCUGGGUUAAAGUUGGGUUUUGUGGUCUCAACUUUGCAUUCUACAGGGAUUACAGUACAUGUAUUGUACAGAUUUAAGCUGUCAGGGUGAGAAAGCAUUUUCUUUGAGUUCUUAAAUCCUUUGCAAAUACCUGCCCAUCUCCAAAUAAAACCAAUACUGGCUGUACCCUUUGUGAGUGUAAAGGAAUUGCAGUCUGCAUGACAGGUUUAGCUCAGGACAAUAUGAUUGUUGAGAGUAUUUAAAGUGCUAUCAGGUAGCCUUAAACAUAAAACAUGGGUAGACUAGUUAAAAUGCAGUACAUGAGUCUCCACAUUUUAACAUGAAUAGGUGUUAGGGAUUUCUUAACGAAUAUCUUGAAUAUAAACUUGAUCAUUAUAUUGUUUUUUGGGGUUUAAAUAUCUGAAACAAUUGGUAUAUUUAUUCAAUCUAUAUAGAAAAUGUACAUCUCAUAGUAAUCCACAAUCAUAUAUAAUCAGGCACACUGACCUUGUAUUAAUAGGGACAACAUAUAUUGAUUGAACGCUUAAACACUGAGGAUCAAUUUUAAGAGCAGUUGUAACUGUACAGAGGGUGGUCAAAGACCAUUCCCUUAUGUGCAUCAAAGGAAUUUCAAGGAAUUACAUGUAUACUGUCAGGGACCAAAUUGGUCUUAUUAGGGUCCAUGCAUUAUUAAAACAAUAGGACCUGAAGAAGACCACAUACAGUUAAAUAUCACACCAAAGGGGUUACAAAAAGUAUCCUUUAAAGAGGUAAUAGCCAAGGCAUAUUUAGUUAAAUGGAAGUAGGUUAAGCCUACCCUGGGUUACAAGACAGCUAGGAAAAAUGGGAUUGUCACAGUUUUCAGUCUUAUUUUUGUGUCAGAAACAGUAUAUUUGUUAAAUCGGUUUUGCUAUUUUAUUCAAUUUUGGUAAUAUCACAUUUUAUAAUGUGAACAGGUAUAGUCCACGUAAGUAUGAGAUGUGCAAGUGGUGUCUGUUUUGGUGCAGAAGUACGUGACAGAGUUUCCUUUUUCUCUUAUAUUCAAUCAAAAUGAACAAACAGAAGUUCCAGUUAUCAAGACAAAUAAUAAACAAACUCAAAUAAACACAGUCCAGGACUUUCUUUGUGGAUCGAGACCCUCAGGUAAGGAGUUGCUUGUUGUAUCCAAGUUCCUUUGGUGUUGGCUUGGUAUUGUGGUUUCUUUCUCUUUUCCAGGUUGUCGCGGACAUCCACCAGAUGGCGCUGUGGAGUCGUGAUCGUCCCCGUCCUCUACUCACAGGUUUGUACUCCCGACUGCCCCGGAGGUCUGUUGCAGAAGAGUGCGGCCCCAACACCCAGCCAACCUUUCGUAAAGGUAAGUAAUAACACUGCUGUGUAGAUUAGAAUUAGUAUAGGUGAUCAAACAGUGAGCAAUGAGCGUUCUCUAACUCUCGCCUGUCUUUUGUUGCAGGUUCCACUGUUCCCUGGACAUAAAAUAAAGUUGUGUUUAAAUAA